GACUGGUGAGGAGGGCUGAAUUCAAGGGUUUUUGAGCCUUAAAGUGAAAGCCUCCUAGACCUACUCCUCCUCCUCCUCCUCCAUUUGCUUGGUGAGCAGAUUGAUAAAUAAUUAGGGUUUUUUUUUUCUCUUCGAAGAAGAAGAAUGGAGGGGAUAACCGAGGGAGUGAACAACUUGAACAUCACGGAUUCAUCAGCUUCCAACAAGAAGAACCGUAUCCAAGUCUCCAAUACCAAAAAGCCCCUCUUCUUCUACGUUAAUCUCGCCAAGAGGUACAUGCAGCAACACAAUGAGGUGGAACUAUCUGCUCUUGGAAUGGCUAUUGCUACAGUUGUUACCAUUGCUGAGAUAUUGAAGAACAAUGGGCUGGCUGUUGAGAAGAAAAUCAUGACUUCUACUGUUGACAUGAGAGAGGAAUCAGGAGGACGACCUGUUCAAAAAGCAAAAAUUGAAAUACUGCUGGGGAAGUCAGAGAAGUUUGAUGAGUUAAUGGCAGCUGCUGCGGAGGAAGUCUUAGAUAAUGAGGAGCAGGGCUAAAGAUGGAGAUGAUCCCUUAAUUAUAGCUUGUGUUACUUGAUUGUGAGCAUCUUUAACAGUUCUUUUCUUGAUUGGUGUAUGGAGUGAAGCUUACUAGCUGUGAUGAUAUUUUUAGGAAUUUUUGUAAAAUACUAUGGCCUCUUUGUUAUUCAAAAUUCAAAAUUUGUUGCUAAUCCCCUGCUUACUUAGUUGAACAUUUGAAAAACAUUUGCCUUAUGUUUAGAUAAUUUACAGACGUUGUCUUCUUGUUCC